AAAAAGGCUCCACUAUAGACGAGCAACUUUCCUUAAUCCGAUAGACUCAUCGCAUCCGAUUUCACGUUGACACGAUGUCCACGCAGAAAAACAUCGUCGUCUUGGGCGGUUCGUUUGGGGGCAUCUCCGCCGCCCAUCAUGUCCUCAAACAUGCCAUCCCUCAAUUGGCCGACCAGGAAUCGCAUCAAGUCAUCCUUGUCAGCCCAUCCGCAACUGCCAUCUGUCGACCCGCGUGCCCUCGCGCUAUGAUCUCCGACGACCUCAUUGCGCAAGAUAAGCUCUUCAUCAAUAUUCCCGAGUGUUUUGAACAGUAUCCCGCCCGCAAUUUCCGUUUUGUGCAUGGCACGGCGACAGGGGUCGACCAAGUCAAUCGAAAUGUCUCGGUCGAUCUGGUAGAUGGCAACGCGGAAACGAUCGACUACCACGCUCUUGUCAUCGCAACCGGCGCGUCCACUCGCUCUCCCCUCAUUACUCUUCUUCGGGACGAGAAAUACCUGCGGCAAAACUGGGCCAGCCUUCGAGAAGCUCUUCCGUCCGCCAAGAGUAUCGUCAUCGCUGGUGGAGGUCCCAGUGGCGUCGAGAUUGCCGGGGAGUUAGGCGAAUAUUUGAACGGUCGCGCAGGCUGGUUCAGCUGCAAGCUCGAAAAUCCCAAAGUCCCCGUCACCGUUGUGACAUCCGCUUCUCAAAUUCUGCCUGAUAUGACGCCCGGAGUUGCCGCGAAAGCCGAGGGUUUCCUUGCUCUUGUUGGUGUGACUGUCAUUAAGAACACCCGGGUCGAGACCGUAACGCCCGCCGACGCAGGCACCGAAGCCACGGUUGCGACCAAAACGACUGUGACUCUUGAAGAUGGAAAGACACUCGAAGCUGACAUUUAUAUCCCUGCGAUGGGAGCAACGCCCAACACGAGCUUCUUACCGGAAUCUCUUCUCACCUCGGACGGCCGGGUCGAAACCAACACGUCAACAUUGCGGGUGGACAAGGCCGGGCCACGCGUGUAUGGCAUCGGCGACGCCACGUCCUUUGGCAAGCCGUCGAUUCAUAAUAUCACCGAGGCACUUCCGGCCUUGGGUGCCAACAUUAAACGCGAUCUUCUCCUGGCAGCCGGAAAGACCGAAGCCGAAGUCGGCGAAGACAAAAUCUUUAAAGAAGACACCAGGACGUCACAGCUCGUGCCGAUCGGACAAAACAAAGGUGUUGGCUUGGGCAUGGGGUAUCAGUUGCCGAGUUCGGUGGUGUGGGCGAUUAAAGGCCGAGACUACUGGACUGGGAUGCUUAUGAAAUUAUGGAAUGGAAAGCAAUGGGAUUAGAUCAAGACGUCACUUGCUCGACUCGACGGAAGAGUCUGGGUAACUAGCAUCAUAUAUGAUUUGCAUUUAUUAUAAAGACACUCACAAUGUUUCAG